CUGAGGGGUUGAAGUCACUCCUUCCCCAGGUAGCAGCUGCUGCCAGAAGAUGCGGCUCCUCCUCCUCCUCCUGCCGCCGCCGCCGCCGAUUAUUGAGGUUGUGAAUCAGACUCAUUGUCAUGGAUUUGCCGUCAUACCCCCGCAUUGGCCAAUACCAUCAAACCUGGAUGUGUCCCGUCUCCUUGGUACAGGGAGCCAGAGGCCGCGUCGUUUCCCCAUUUGCCUCGGCCCUGUUCCAUUGCACCUUUUAAUUUAAAGAAGACUUAUUCUCCCCCCACCCACCCACUCUAUCCCCCCGAUUUAAGCCAUGGAGGUCGAUCAACUGUCCGCUGGCGAUCCUUUCUACUACUAUCGCCAAACGGAAGGGCACAACAGCCUGCACCCGACCUUCCAGUCCAGUGUGCAGAUCACUCCCAGGCAGUUCGACCGCCCCACUACAUCUGCUGGCAGAUAUGAACAAUAUUUGGAAACUGCUCCGAAGGCUCCUCGCACUCCUUGGGGCAUUGAGAGAGAAUAUGGAGGUGCCGGAAUCAUGAAUCUACCUGAUAAUCUCAAAACAAAGACUGAGCUUCCCAUUUUAAUGGGAAAGGGACACAGACAUUUUGGCUUUGGUGGAUACCUUCUUCCUGGUGAUGUAGUUAUUGAUCAAUAUUAUGAUCUCACCCAACUGAAGAAGAGUCAGCUUCGCGCCACUGAUCAGCUAAUUCCAUCUUCUGCAGAGCUAGCACUAGCUCAGAAGCAGAUACUGCUGCCAUUUCCAGCUGAACACCCAUACUUUUCCCACAUUUCCAAGUUUGCAGUAUUCCCAGAUUUCAUCUCAGCGAGCGAUCCACAUACUGGGACACGAGCUGGACAGCUGCUGCCCAUUAAUCCUGAUAUGCCUGCAAAAAGUUAUGAUGUGACUGUGGCUAAGAAAAUUAAAGGAUCUCCAUAUAGAAUUGAAAGCCAGGAAAUACCCAUUGUACCAAAAGGUUUGGCUUGGCCAGGACAAGAAGGUUUUACUCUUUAUCCUAAAUCAGAAAAAGAUCGUAAACAAGCAAUCUAUCCAACACCACCGAAGCUUAUUGCCCCCAACAAGACAGAGCCUAUCUUAGAGCAUGCUGUUUCAGAGAGAACUGCUAAUAUCUUGAAAAAUGUUGAGAAAUCACACUGGCUAUCUUCAUACAAGAGGGACUUCACAGGAAGUGGACCAAUGAAUCCCCUUCAGUUAGAUGACUACCAUGAGAAAACAAUAGCAAAAGUGACAGGAAAGUACACCUAUUUCUCAGAGCUGAAAGAACAGUCUCAUCCGGCUUUUUUGCUGAAUCCACCAUUGCGGCCUUUGAAGAAAAAAGAAAGUAGUAAGGUUUCCACAGAUGAUGCCAUUGGUUAUCAGACUCCAAGUGUACAAGUGCACGAAGCCAAGUCACCAUUGCCUGUAUGUGAAACUGAAUCAAAACCAAAUGAUGAGGUAGAAAUAUGUAGGGAAGAUAAACUGAUUUCUUGGCAAAAUAGGCGAUGCCAAACAGCUAUAUCGAGUGCUUUCUGCCCUGAUUAUGACAUCCGUUUGUUAAGGUACAAAGUUCAGCAAAUGAAGAAUUCUGAAAAACCCUCUGCAUUUAACCAACAUCAGAAAGAAAGGAUGAUGGAUUGUUGGGCAACUCCAGUUAUCAAUGUGGACCAAGCUUGCAAAUUAACAGAUUCUGAGAAUGCUCAGCCCCUUUGGAAGAGACGAAAGUCAGUGCAACAUGACAUCAGCUAUGUAGAUUUGCCACAGAGUAAGUUAGCUGGUUUUACAACAAAACAGGACCAGAUAUCUCUGAGCAAACCGCCUUCACCAAAUAGGGUUGAGACCAAAGAUCCAGAAUGUGGUAAAGAAUUCAAUUUUGCGUCUGGCGAUACACAACCUAUACCUACAUCAUAUGCUUCAGAGAAUAAGGAAAUGUUUGAUCCAAUCCAACAGCCACAGGUGGAAAGGAGUAAUAUGUUGAUCUGUGAUGAUCCUAGGCUUCAGGUCUCAAAACUAAAAUUUCCCUAUGCAUUCAAUAAAACAGAACGACAUAAGCGAUUACUUGAGGAAGCUCCCGAAAAAACAAUGGAUUAUCGAGAUAACAUCUAUUCAGGGAAGAGACACAUUUUCUUUGGGUUAAAUUCUUCUUAUUUCCAUAAUGGAACUUUUUAG